CAUCAGUCUUGUGUUGGUAGAAGUUGUCAGCAGUCCUGCUUUGAUUGUAAAGGGUUUACAGCUUUAUGUUUCAAUAGCUAAAACAUCUGUUCAGCGACAUUGUGAAAUCCUCAUGUUCAGAACCCCUGAUAAGGGGGACUGCUGAGCAAUUGGCUCAGAGGCUCUCCAGGCAGCGAGGGCUGUACGUACAGUGGUCACCGCUUGCCUUCCCUUCUCCUGGUGAGAGGAAAACAUAGGAGACAGCUACAAUUUUACACGUGAUUUUCCUUUGAGAAGGAGAGAGCAGGAAGUGCCUAGGAAAUGGUUCAUGACAGAAACAUGGAGUUUUAAAUAGGAGAGAGGAGGAGGAGGAGGAGGAGAGCUCAUGGGCACAUUUUGCGAACAGUUGAAACACUGACACCACAGCAGCAGGGGAAAACCAGACUUCUGCGACAGCAAACACACCCCAAGCUAUCCUGAUGGAAGGAGAGACGGCACCAGAGGCCAGAAGAGGAGCCAGCAAAGCCACACGGAUCGCCCUCGGUGUCUUUGUGAGUAGCACUGUCGUGCUUGGCACCGCGCUUUUCUUGGUUAGCCAAGGUCUUAUAAAGUUUCAUCCGAAGCAACAGUACUGUUUGACUGCAGAAUGCAUUGAAGCUGCUGCUGCCAUCCUGAGCAAGAUAAAUCAAUCCGUAGAUCCGUGUGAGAACUUCUAUAGAUUUGCAUGUGAUGGUUGGAUAUAUAAUAACCCUAUUCCUGAAGAUAUGACAAACUAUGGUGUUUACCCUUGGCUGCGACACAAUGUGGACCUCAAACUAAAGGCAUUGCUUGAGAAACCCAUCAGCAAAAGACGAGACAGUGAAGCUGUACAGAAGGCCAAGGUCCUUUACGCAUCCUGCAUGAAUGAGAAUAAAAUCGAAAAAGCUGAUGUGAAGCCCCUCUUAAGUAUCCUGAGGCACUCACCUUUCCGCUGGCCUGUGUUGGAAUCCAAUAUUGGACCUGAAGGACUGUGGUCAGAAAGGAGAUUUAGUUUACUCCAAGCCUUGGCGACUCUUCGUGGCCAAUACAGUAACUCUGUCUUCAUCCGUUUGUAUGUGGCUGCUGAUGACAAAAUCUCCAAUCGGUAUAUCCUGAAGCUUGACCAAGCAAGCCUCUCUCUGGCAUCUAGAGAGGAUUACCUAGAAAACACCACAGAAGCCAAAUCUUACCGAGAUGCCUUUUUGCAGUUCAUGGUUGAUACAGCAGUGCUUCUGGGUGCAAAUGCUUCACGAGCUGAAUCUGAUAUGAAAUCAGUUCUAAAACUGGAAGUUAAAAUAGCAGAGAUCAUGAUUCCAUAUGAAAAUCGAACAAGUGAGGUGAUGUACAAUAAAAUGAACAUAUCGGAGCUUAGUGCCAUGAUUCCACAGUUUGACUGGCUGGGAUACAUCAAGAAGGUGAUUGACACCAAACUCUAUCCUGAGCUUAAAGAUAUAGGUCCUUCAGAAAAUGUGAUUGUCCGUGUUCCCCAGUACUUCAAAGAUUUAUUCAGGAUACUAGAAAAUGAAAGGAAAAAGACUCUUGCCAACUACGUGGUGUGGAGGAUGGUUUAUUCAAGGUUAUUUAAUCUCAGCAGACGUUUCCUGUAUCGGUGGCUAGAAUUUUCUCGGGUGAUCCAUGGAACCACAACUUUGCUGCCUCAGUGGGAUAAAUGUGUGGACCUUGUUGAAAACGCACUCCCCUACGUUGUGGGUAAGAUGUUUGUGAAUGCCCAUUUUCAAGAAGACAAGAAAGAGAUGAUGGAGGAGUUGACGGAAGGAAUUCGCUGGGCUUUUAUUGACAUGUUGGAAAAAGAAAAUGACUGGAUGGACUCUGAAACAAAAAGAAAAGCUCAUGAGAAGGCAAAAGCAGUUAUGGCGAAAGUUGGUUACCCUGAGUUUAUAAUGAAUGACACAUAUAUUAAUGAAGACAUCAAAACACUGAAGUUUACAGAAAGUGACUUUUUUGGCAAUGUGUUGCAAACUCGCAAAUACGUAGCCCAAUCUGAUUUCUACUGGCUUAGAAAAGAAGUUCCAAAAACAGAGUGGUUUACAAGCCCAACUACUGUAAAUGCUUUUUAUAGUGCAUCUACCAACCAGAUCAGGUUCCCAGCAGGAGAACUACAAAAACCUUUCUUUUGGGGAACAGAGUAUCCUAGGUCAUUAAGUUAUGGUGCCAUUGGAGUAAUUGUUGGCCACGAGUUUACCCAUGGAUUUGAUAGCAAUGGUCGGAAAUAUGACAAAAAUGGAAACUUAGACCCUUGGUGGACAACUAACUCUGAAGAAAAAUUUAAAGAGAAAACAAAGUGCAUGAUUGAUCAAUACAACAAUUACUACUGGAAGCGAGCUGGCUUAUAUGUGAAAGGGAAGAGGACUUUGGCAGAAAACAUUGCAGAUAAUGGAGGUUUGAGAGAAGCUUUCAGGGCAUACAGGAAAUGGAUUACAGAAAAGAGGGGAGGAGAAGAAGAGCCUUUACUGCCAGGCCUUGAGUUCACACACAACCAGCUUUUCUUUCUGAGUUAUGCCCACGUAAGAUGCAACUCCUUUAGACCAGAAUCUGCGAGGGAGCAAAUAUAUACUGGAGCUCACAGCCCUCCACAGUUCAGAGUUAUUGGAGCCAUGAGCAACUUUGAAGAGUUCCGUAAAGCUUUCAAUUGCCCAAGGAAUACGACGAUGAACCGAGGAGCAGAAUCCUGCCGGCUGUGGUAGAUGUUCCUUCCAGGUCUUCUGUCAACAGGAGUCUGCAAUGUGAACUGCUGAGCUCAAGACCACUGCUAGAGUUUCAGAAUAAUGUUCUGAAAUCUGGAGAGGUGUUACUUCAAAUGCAUCUUCCUUAUCCAUGUUGAUGACCAGCAUGGAUCUAAUCAUCCCUGUUUAGAACCUAGAAACAUUCCAAAUAGAAGAGGUUUCCUUUAAUGAUAAUAAUAAAAAGUAACUCAUUUUAUCCAUAAAACUACUCCUGCUCAUCUGCAGUUGCAUUGCUUUUGAUGGAUAACUGCCAUUAUCAAUUCUAAUUCCUGAUUUAUAGUUGAGCAAGAGGUAAAUGCUAAAAUUCAGUUUUAAUCUACUGCUCUGCAGGGGUGCUGUGCAGAAUGCUCCUACACAAAAUUUAUUCUUUCCGGAUGAAGAAAUUCAUGAGACCUGCUAUAAAGUCAAAUCUGAUCCACUGAGUGAUACAACAUUUUCAUAACUUAAACUGUCACAGCCCAGCAUGCCAUAAACGAUGUUGUGUGAUGUAAAGACACAAGACUUUAUAUAAAUUCAGUUUAAUAUGUCAGAUUAGUGCCUCAGGUUUUGGAACAGUUUCAAGAUGAGGUAGUAGUAUCCAUCUGCUACAACUAAAACACAAAGGAUACUUGUCAGAUUGUGGCCUCCUCUAAUUUUAGAACAGCUUAUGAUAAAAAUCAAUGUAUGAUGAAAAUCAAAGGCUUGCAGAGGGAAUUCCCAACACCAUGAUACUCAUAAAUAUUGCAGCAUGUAUUCCUGUUCACACUGUGGGUAGUUUUUUUCCCAGGGGUGGUUUUUACCUUGUGCUGAAGAUAGCUUUAGCUACAUCUAUUUUUUAAGCCUGAAAUACUAUACCACUUGUAAGUUAUGGGUAUUUUAGUGUUGGGUCUUACAGAGGAUUGUAAGUAGAGUGCAUCUUUGCCCUCAUGUUCUGGAUGGAGCAGGAUGAUUUGUGAUUUUAAAGAAAGAAGAAUAUGCGACAGAAAAACAGAUUACCAGCAGCAUUUGACUUGUCUGGAUAAAAAGAGCAAUUUAGGAAUAGAGGACUUAUAAAUACACUAAAAAUGCAGGCCAGUUGAGUCUUUAAUUUGAUUUCUAACAAUAUUCAUGAAAGGACAUUUUAUUGAAGAGAAAAACUUUAACAUAUAACUGUUACUGGGGGACACACACACAAAACAACUCUUUUCUAACAGAAAGAUACUUAUUUAAGUGAUAUAUAUUUAUACCUUGUACAUUAAUUCAUUUUUACAUGGUGGAAUUUCUUUAGAUUUAAUUACUGCAAAUCCAUAUAGGUCUCUGUGUAUAUGCAC